AUGUACUUCAGUGACAGCCUGCAACAUGAAAGUCUACAACACUUCAAACGUCGAUCACCCCGUGACUUUGAGAAUCUGAUAAGAUAUAGCGUUGACCGCUCCGACAACCGUCAUCGUCGUCGGCAGGGUCGUCCAUCACGGGGAGAUGCUGCUGCUGUUCGCUCGGGAGGGUGUCGCAUAUCGCCUAGGAACAAUCGAGGAAGAGAAGCGACGGAGGGUUGUCAGGUUGUCUACAUACUGCUAUGGGGCCAAGACAAGGCAGUCAUUUUCGACGCGAGGUCCAACUCCCGAGCACACCUCGCAUAG